UCCAACGCCUCAACCCAAACCACAACCCUCUCCCCCACGACCCUCGACUUCGCAGCCAAAAUCUUCGACCUCGCGCGCUCAGGCGCCACGUCCACUCUCCAGCAAUACCUCACAGCCGGCAUCCUGCCCAACCUAGCCAACAGCACCGGCGACACGCUCCUCAUGCUCGCCGCGUACCACGGCCAUGUCGCUACGGCCAAGAUGCUGCUCGACGCCGGCGCGGACCCGAAUGCCCUGAAUGCCAGGGGUCAGAGUGCGGUUUCUGGCGCGGUGGUCAAGGGCUGGGAUGAGGUUGUUGAGGUGCUUGUUGGGGCGGGGGCG